AUCGGCGUCGUCAUGGCGACGCGACAUAUUUAUUUUGUUAGGUAAACAAUGAAAUCAAAUAAAAUGUUAUAAUUCAUGGUUUCUCAACUGUGUAUCGUAAGAAGCCGCUGCGCAAAAUUAUUAUAAAAAUGGUCAUCCUUCACGUAAAACGUGGUGAUGAAAACCAGUUUCUAUACGAGACUAACGUCAAUAAUAGUGUUGAUGAUGUGGUGAAAGAUAUAGUUGCCAUAUUUAACGGAAGACUAAAAGUGACGAGGAUUUGCUAUGAGUUAGAUGAGCUGCAGAAACAUGGUACGUUCUUACCUUUGGAGAUGCAAGGGCUCACUGAUGAGCAGAUUCAGGAGCUAAAACUUGAAGAUCCAUGGGCGAAGAAGUGUGCCCCUCAAGGAUACGUAUUCGCUAAGGACGAAAUGGGACGCCGGUGCGGUUUUGCUCCGCCACCCAAUCUUCAGGAAGUUUUGAAGAAAGCAGCUGAAACUGCUAAAGAAAUUAUAAGCAAGAAACAUGUUGAUCUUCGUGAAUGUAUGACACAAAAAGACGUUAGCCGAGCGAUGGAUGAGCUCCGUGGAGCAACCAAGAUAGUGUUUCCUGCUGGUCUACCACCCCAUGAUCCAGUGAGGAUGGAGUUGGACAACGUUGAAGAUCUAGCUGGCACCCAAGCGGCAAACGAGGUGAUCGAUCCGUCGCGGGCUUGUGUGUGGGCGUGUGGGAAGAAAUUUAUAAAUGGUAACAAAUUAAGCGACCAUUUAGGUCCCAACGAUAAGUCUAAAGUCACAGUAAAACUGUGCUCUUCUACUGAAGGUGCACCUGGAAGAGAGCCAGUUUUGACUGAAGAAGAGAGGAAACAGCUGAUGCUGCAAGCGUACAGGAGACAAGAAGAGUGGAAGAAGUUGGAACAGGAUGACGACGAUAGCUACUUGAACUCGAAGUGGGCUGAUGGGCACAAUAUGAAGAGGCAAUUCCACGGCCUGGACAAUAUUUCGUGGAAACCGGUUCUGAAGAAGUAGAAGAUCUUACACGCAGUACAAAAGUCAUCUUACCUGAAAAAUUAAAUAAUAUUUAUGAUA